GUUAGCGUCAGAGUGUCAGAGUGGACCUGUGUGGUGUUUAUAGUGUUUCUCUAUCGGCGGAGCGGCUCCAGCAGAGAUGUUACCGCUGUCGAUUAAAGACGACGAGUACAAACCGGCGAAGUUCAACCUGCUCUUCAAACUAUCAGGAUGGUUCCGCUCAAUCCUCGCCGACAAGACAUCACGGAAUCUGUUUUUCUUCCUGUGUCUGAACCUGUCAUUUGCCUUUGUGGAGCUGCUGUACGGAAUAUGGAGUAACAGUUUAGGGUUGAUAUCGGAUUCUUUUCACAUGUUCUUCGACUGCACCGCACUUCUGGCAGGCCUUGCAGCAUCAGUGAUUUCACGAUGGAGGUCUAAUGAUUCCUUCUCAUAUGGCUAUGUCAGAGCAGAAGUGCUCGCAGGCUUUGUGAACGGCCUCUUUCUCAUAUUCACUGCCUUCUUUAUCUUCUCAGAGGGAGUGGAGAGGGCAUUAGAACCUCCUGAUGUGCAUCAUGAGCGCUUGCUGCCUGUGUCUAUAGCAGGGCUUUUGGUUAACCUCGUAGGAAUCUUUGUGUUCCAGCAUGGAGGCCAUGGGCACUCUCAUGAUGGAGAAGGUCAUGGACACAGCCAUUCUCUGUUCAACGGCAGCAUAGGCCACGAUCACAGUCAUGGGGGGCAUGGACACAGCCACACGGCCAAGCAUGGGCAUGGACACGAUCAUGGGCAUGGGCAUGGACACGGAGGACAUGGCCAUUCACACGGGGAACCAGACUGCCAUGAUGACCACUCUCACACACCAGGCAAAGGCGCCAGCAAACAGAUUCUGCAAGGAGUUUUUCUGCACAUCGUUGCUGAUACGUUGGGCAGCAUCGGCGUCAUCAUCUCAGCCUUUCUGAUGCAGAAGUACGACCUGAUGAUCGCUGAUCCCAUCUGCUCCAUGCUCAUCGCCCUUCUAAUUGGUGUCAGUGUUGUUCCUCUGCUGAGGGAGUCCAUAGGAAUCCUGAUGCAGCGCACACCUCCUACCUUGGACCAUGCUCUUCCAGACUGUUAUCAGAGGGUCCAGCAGCUGCAGGGCGUAUAUAACCUGCAAGAGCCUCAUUUCUGGACAUUGUGUACGGACGUCUAUAUCGGCACUCUCAAACUCCUCGUGGCCCCUGACGCAGAUUCCCGAUGGAUCCUCAGUCAGACGCACAACAUUUUCACACAGGUGGGAGUGAGGCAACUGUAUGUUCAGAUUGACGUGGCAGCCAUGUAGGAAUUGGCCUGACGCAGGUGUCCUGGGACCAAAGCCCUCUGUGCUGCUAUGGGGAAGCUCACCGCCAAAACCCACCCCUUUCUCUCUCUCCUCCUUUGGGUUUCUGCUGCUCCACCACCCCCCUCGGACCAAGCUAGAGCGGUUGCAGUACAGAACACUGACUCUUACCAGGAAAACCAAACAGCAGUGAAAACAAGUUGCCAACAACGUGAUACGUCCAAGGGAAACAUCUUGCAUCAUGAGCAUUGCCAACACUGGGGCCCUUGGUCAGCAGUUCCUUUUUUUUUUUUUCUUUCUUUCUUUUUUUUUUUAAUGUCCCUCAAAGACUUUUCUUCUGUAUUUGGAGUCACCCUCUCUGUAUGGUUAGAAUGGGGUUUUACUUCUUUCUCCCCCCCCCCUUGAACCUGUACGUUCCGUAGACAUUGAUUUAAAACGAACACAAAAUGGCCUGUAACAGUAUGUGAUUCAUCAGUGCAGUACUUUCUUUUUGUAUGUCAUCUGACCUUUUGCAGCAGUUGCUUAUGCCAUCAUGCCCCUCAACUCAUCUGUACCCUGGACCUACUUAAGUGCCUUUUUUAUGGUGGAUCUCAAACAAUCUCCCAAAUGUCUCUCAAACAUCUGGAAUCAUGUUCGGCACGUUCCCAGACACACGUCCUUCGUGUCUGUUGGGAAAGGGUUAUUUCUUGCAGUUUAACAUUCCUUUGUAUUUGGGCUCUCUUUUUAUGGUGUGGUAUCAUUAGUUCUCAAAUCUGCUUGUGUCGACUCCUCCAGGAAGCACACCAGCUUUAUUCAGCCACAAAAGGAUCUGGUGAGCCACUUAAGUGUGAUUAUAAAAUUCAUAAUUUAAUGGCUUUUUUUUUUUUUUUAAACUACCCAUCUGUGCCAUUGGCCAGUACAUUUGUGCAAUGUAAUAAAUAAUUUUACAAUCAAAUUGUUUUCCUUUUGAUGGAACUUAGGGAUGUGCAAUGAUAUUGGAAUCAUGUUGAUAUCUACAUUUUAAUGCCUAAAACAUUAGACGUUUAGAUUUCCCAUAUCUGUGCAUCCCUAGUAAUUAGAGAAGUACAUGACUGAUAUGGAGAAAUACUCACUUUUUCUAUUUUUUAAUGUAUAAGUGUGAGACAUGGUGAACUGGGAUCGUGAAGUAUUUAAAGUAAAUAGAUGAACCGAAGACUGAAGAACUGUCGUUAUCAAGUCUUGACAUUGUGCGGUACUUGAUUCUGACAGGUAUCACAAUAAAUACGAACGCUAAACUAUU